AUGAGGCUGCUCCCCGAAGGCCGUCACUUUACGGUGAGGGGAGUUGUUGUUGGUUUGCUGGUGGGACUGGUCAUUUGCUUUUCGAACAUGUACUUCGGGUUGCAGACCGGGUGGGUGUCGAUGAUGACUAUGCCGGCUAGUCUGAUGGGCUAUGGGAUUUUCAAGGGGCUCGCGCCGCAUUUAAAGUUCCCGUUUUCGCCUGUGGAGAAUGUAUUGGUUCAGUCAGUCGCGGGCGGGAUGGCGAUUAUGCCGCUGGGGUGUGGAUUUGUUGGUGUGAUGCCGGCAAUGAAUUACUUGCUCAAGUCUGAGGAGCAAGGUCCCGUAUUUUUGAGUUUAUGGAAACUCAUUAUAUGGUCAUUGGGACUCUGCUAUUUCGGCGUCGUUUUCGCCGUUCCUCUCCGGCGUCAGGUCAUCAUAAAGGAACAGUUGAAGUUUCCUAGCGGUUUCAGCACUGCGGUUCUGAUCGGCGUGCUUCACGGCAAAGGCGCGAGUCAAAACGGAGCAGCCUUGGACCCUUCAAAGGCUGCGACUUUCGGCAGUUUGGCUCUGGAAAACCGCCCUCUUUUGGAGAGUGAGGACAGAAACGACGAAGAUAAUCGGACUUUGAUUGGGGGCGAUGAUGAAUCAAUCGCAGAGCCUGGUGGCAAGUACAGCUGGGGAGACAACAUCCGCCUACUGCUGAUAAGUUUCGGAGUCUCUGGCGCCUACACCAUAUGCACCUACUUCCUCCCCAUACUACGCCAGUUACCCGUCUUUGGUGCUUACGCCGCGAGCACUUGGCUCUGGGAACUCAACCCAAGCCUCGCAUAUGUCGGCCAAGGCAUAAUCAUGGGCCCAGCUACAACAUUGCACAUGUUGCUGGGUGCUGUUGUCGGCUGGGGCAUACUUUCGCCGCUGGCCAAGUAUCGAGGAUGGACCCCUGGGAAAGUGGACGAUUGGGAGACUGGCAGCAAGGGCUGGAUUGUCUGGAUUUCCCUGGCCAUCAUGUUGGCAGAUUCUGUAAUCAGCCUAGGCUAUAUUGCAUUCCGACCGCUCGUCCAACAGGGGCCGGCUUUUCUCGCAGAGACAAAACUGCGGUUCGACCAGGGUGGUCUUAUGAAUGUCUUCCGGCCAAGACCCGGGCCAAGACCCGGUGGCUACACGGCCAUUGGAGACGACGAGACCGACCCCAGAUCCUCCUCAGGCCAAAGGAGCUCCUCAUCCGAGCUCCUCCCAAGCCCGACCUUCGCACGCCGCGACGACCACGACCUCCGAGCCUGGGACUACGACGACGCCCCGCCAGAGCAACAAGUCGGCAACAAAACCGUCAGCUUCGGUCUAGUUAGCGCAAUCCUCGUCUGCGUAGCCAGCAUCCACAUCACCUUCGGCGACCUAGUCCCCCUGUACGCCAACGUCAUCGCCGUGCUCAUGGCUCUGCUCCUCUCCAUCAUGGGCGUGCGCGCCCUCGGCGAAACGGACCUCAACCCCGUCUCAGGCAUCAGCAAGCUCGCUCAGCUCUUCUUCGCCCUCAUUAUCCCCCAGUCCAACAAGAAUAGCGUCCUCAUCAACCUCGUCGCGGGAGCCGUCUCCGAGGCCGGCGCCUUGCAAGCGGGUGAUUUGAUGCAGGAUCUCAAGACGGGGCAUUUGCUGGGCGCGGCACCUAGUGCGCAGUUUUGGGGUCAGGUUAUUGGGGCUACGGUCGGGGCUGUAGUGAGUGCGUUGAUUUAUAGACUGUAUACGGCUGUGUAUGAAGUCCCGGGGGAUUUGUUCCAGGUUCCCACAGCCUAUGUGUGGAUUUUUACUGCGAGGUUGGUUACCGGGAAAGGGUUGCCUUACAUGGCCAAGGAGUGGGCUAUUGGGGCGGCUGUAAUAUUCGCUGUCCUGACGGUCAUACGGACCAGAGCCAUGGGCAAGUCGUGGCAAGGGUAUAUCCCGGGGGGUAUUGCCGUUGCGGUCGGCAUGUACAAUGUCCCGUCGUUUACACUGGCCAGAACAAUCGGCGGCUUGAUGAACUGGUACUGGAGAGUACAUCUGAGAAAGGAGGACACUCCAUUGAUAGUUUUGGCAUCUGGCUUCAUCCUAGGCGAGGGAUUCUUAAGUAUAUUGAAUCUGCUCCUACAGAGUGCCAGAGUGCCUCAUCUAUAG